AUUUCAUUUACUCAUGACGUUCGAGUCGCAUUUGUUCGCGUCGGCCUUGGGCGCGUUGGUGCCGUCGUUCAUGCUGAUCCUGCAGAUGGAGAAGCAGUGGGCGCGAGAGCUCCCUCCACAGUGUAGUGGCGUGUUGGACAGCGCCUUUUGGCUGCUUCCUGACGCCAUUUUUCCGCAUUUGGAGUGUCUGGGAGUGGUGGGGAGAGCGUUGUACGUGGACUUUUACGCCUUCGAUCUGAUUCUCUUCCCGCUCAUCUACUCGACAGCGUUACUGGGAGUUUUGCGUCGUCUGUGGCCCGAUCGCCAAUUGGUCUGGACGUUGCCAGUGCUUGCGGCGAGUUGCGAUGUGGUGGAGAACGUGUCCAUUUUAAAGCUGUUGAGACUCUUCCCCGAACGAUGGGAGACGCUCGAGAACGUCGUAAGUGUCAUCACCCGAACCAAGUGGGUUGCUGUGCUGUCGGCUAUCGCAUUUGUGGUCGCUGGGGUACUGAAAUUGAUGGCAGGGAGAGCUGAUACCACGUCGACGAAGAGCGGCAAGGGCGAGUAAGAAAAGUAGGGGUCGUAGUGCAAUUUAAGGUUUGUAUUCGUGUCAAUGUAAUUGCGAACUCGAAAGUCGGGUCAACUGCUUCCAGUAGAUCGUUGAGUGAUGCCGUUAUGUCUUGUUGC